GCAGAGGACUAAAACAAUGAAUUUGGGCAUGGCUUUCAACGGAGAUGACGAUUACGAUCCCAAGGCUUUUCCUGCAUUCGGGAUUAUAUUGCUUGGCAUCUCCCUCGUACUCCUCGCGCUUCUGCUUCUCAUUGUUUGUGUCACUGCCAAAGAAACCUGCGUAAAACGUCGACGCCAAUCAUUUUCUCGACCCAACUCGUCGAUUGAACUGGUAGUCGACGAUCAGGACUCCCGCCUGGAAAAAACAGUCGUCGAAAGUUUCCCUGUGUUUGUGUAUCAGUGUAAGAAUGAGGAGGAAAACGGGCUGGAAUGUGCGGUUUGUUUGAGUGAGUUUGAAGAGGAAGAGAAGGGAAGAAUUCUGCCUGCGUGUAAGCAUAGAUUCCAUGUCGACUGCAUCGAUAUGUGGUUCGACUCUCAUUCGACCUGUCCUCUCUGUCGAACUGAUGCUCAGGUCGACACGUCGAAUUUGAUCUGCCCUGUCUGUCGAAGUGGCGCUCAAGCCGACCCGCCGUCGACAGGUGAGCACGUCGUGAUUACGUUGGUCGGCGAGACGUCUGGAUCUGCAGCAGAUCAAGUAGCUUGUGAACAGAUGGUUUGAGGAGUUAAAUAUGGGUUUCUUUUAGAUUGUAUUAUCAAGCAAUUUCAAAUGUUUUCAUAGUGUAAUUUUACUUCUUGGACUGUUAUUCACAGUGCGAUUUGAAGAUCCCUUUUCAGUCGCAACGAGGAAAAUUGCUGUAUAUGACUUAUUAAAUUGAUUGUUCAGCUACAAAAAUAAACAAUUAAAAAAGUUAAAGUUAA